AUAAAUAAAGAUACUCUAUGCAAGUGCAACUCACAUUCCACACACGCUUGGCUAGUGAAGCUUUAUUUCGCGCCUUGUUCUGUAUUUAAGCCUUCAUCCCAAUCCAUUCUUUAGAUUGUGACCCCAAAAGCAAAGAGCUUGAAACAGACCCUUUAGUCUGUUCGUUUUCUGUUCUUUUUGCAGAUCCAAUGGAAAAGGCAGUGUUUCUGCAUUUACUCUUUGCAGUUUUUGCUGUCCUGGGUACUGUUUCUUUAGUUAAUGCAGAUGACCCAUAUAGAUAUUACACUUGGACUGUCACUGAUGGAACUAUUUCUCCUCUUGGUAGCCCUCAACAGGUAAUACUUAUCAAUGGCCAGUUUCCUGGUCCUAGACUUGAUGUUGUCACUAACGACAACAUCAUUCUUAAUCUCAUCAACAAGCUCGACCAGCCUUUCCUCUUGACAUGGAAUGGCAUCAAACAAAGGAAGAAUUCAUGGCAAGAUGGAGUGCUGGGAACCAACUGCCCCAUCCCUCCAAACUCAAACUACACUUACAAGUUACAAACCAAGGAUCAAAUUGGAAGUUUCACGUACUUCCCAUCAACUCUACUUCACAGAGCUGCUGGAGGUUAUGGAGGGCUCAAUGUCUAUGAGAGACCUAGAAUUCCAAUCCCUUUUCCAAACCCUGAUGGCGAUUUCACUCUGCUUGUUGGUGAUUGGUAUAAGACCGACCACAAGACUUUACAGGCAUCUUUAGACUCUGGGAAUUCUCUUCCUUUUCCAGAUGGAGUCCUUAUAAACGGCCAGACUCAUACUACAUUCAGUGGAGAUCAAGGUAAAACCUACAUGCUCAGAAUCUCAAAUGUGGGCUUGUCAACCUCCUUGAACUUCAGGAUUCAAGGCCAUAAAAUGAAGCUAGUCGAGGUUGAGGGAUCUCACACCAUUCAGAAUAUAUAUGACUCUCUUGAUGUGCAUGUUGGACAAUCUGUAGCUGUGUUAGUAACCUUAGAUCAGCCUCCAAAAGAUUACUACAUUGUUGCAUCCACACGUUUCACUAGGCAAGUUCUCACAGCAACAGCAGUAUUACACUACUCAAACUCUCAGACUCCAGCCUCUGGACCCCUGCCUGCUCCUCCUUCUGGUCUAUUUCACUGGUCUAUGCAGCAAGCCAGAACUUACAGGUGGAAUUUGACAGCAAGCGCAGCCAGACCUAAUCCUCAGGGCUCGUUUCACUACGGAAAGAUAAUUCCAACAAAGACAAUUGUAUUGGCCAAUUCAGCACCUUUAAUAAAUGGAAAGAGGCGCUAUGCAGUUAACAGAGUAUCCUAUGUUAACGCUGAUACCCCUCUGAAGCUUGCCGAUUACUUUAAUAUCCCUGGAGUCUUCAGUGUUGAUUCCAUCCAAAGCCUUCCCUCUGAUGGUCCUGCAUAUGUGGCUACUUCUGUUCUCCCAACCUCCCUCCAUGAUUUUGUUGAAGUCGUCUUCCAGAACAAUGAGUACACCAUGCAAUCUUGGCAUCUUGAUGGUUAUGAUUUUUGGGUUGUUGGUUACGGUGCUGGGCAGUGGGCACCAAAUAAGAGACGCACUUACAAUCUAGUUGAUGCUCUUACCAGACAUACUGCUCAGGUAUAUCCAAAGGCGUGGACUGCCAUUUUGGUCUCUUUGGAUAACCAGGGUAUGUGGAACAUGAGGUCUGCAAUAUGGGAGAGGCAGUAUCUAGGGCAGCAACUCUAUCUCAGGGUGUGGACUCAAGUUCACAGCCUGGCCAAUGAAUACGACAUUCCUUGUAAUGCUCUACUUUGCGGAAAAGCUAUUGGACGACACACUUAGAACGACAAAGCAAUCAAAUAGCAAUCUGUUUCCUCAGCCAUGAAGGCUUGACUAGAAAAAGGAAACAGAACAGAGAAUAGAAAAUGAGAAUGCAUAUUCUUUUAAUAGAUUGACAUGUUUAUUGUACAUCAAAAGGGUUCAUAUUCUGGUUGCAGUUAAUGGUGAUCAUUGUCAGCUUUUAAAUGAUCGUGUACUAUGAUUUUACAUUAGAGAAUUGCAAAUCUGCAAACAGAUAUAUAUUGAAAUACGAGAUGGUGCUGAUUUUUCUUC